UUUACCUUCUUUCUGUUUUUUUCUCUCAUUUUCUAUCUCUGUCUUCCGGAUUUGUUGAUCUGCUGCUUCUCAGCGAUGAUGAUUUUUUCCAUACUUGUUUGGGUGACUGUGAGGUGUUACAGUUUAAGCAAGUUUCUUCACUGAAGAUCGCUCAAGGAGAGAGAGAGAAGAAGAAGGGAGUAGGUGUUGGAAUUACUGGAUGGUUGGGAGAAAAUGAGGAGUGGUUGUUGAGUUGAAGAUCGAAGUGUUUUAGUUGUCUUGUUCUUUUUCAAUUUUUUUUUUUGUUUUUUACUCUUUCUGGGUUUGUUCGAUUUGAGAUGGGCGGGUGUUUUCCGUGCUUUGGAUCAUCGAUUGAAGAGAGCAACAGUGUCAAAGAAGUUGCGAAACAAGAUUCUGUAAAGGAGGGCUCAGCUACUCAAUCUCAUCAUGUGAGCAGAGUCAGGAGUGCAGAAAAAUCAAAAUCGUGGAGUGGUUCUGAUUCUAGGAGGGAAAUCUCAGCUCCUAAGGAUGGGUCAACUGCUCAUAUUGCUGCACAAACUUUUACCUUCCGAGAGCUUGCUGCUGCCACUAAGAACUUUAGGCAAGAUUGCCAAUUGGGUGAAGGAGGAUUUGGGCGAGUAUACAAGGGUCGGUUGGAGAGCACUGGACAGGUAGUUGCUGUGAAACAGCUUGACAGGAAUGGACUCCAGGGAAACAGAGAAUUUUUGGUGGAGGUUCUCAUGCUUAGCCUCUUGCAUCAUCCUAACCUUGUCAACUUGAUUGGUUAUUGUGCCGAUGGAGACCAACGCCUCCUUGUUUAUGAGUACAUGCCAUUGGGAUCAUUGGAGGAUCAUUUACAUGAUCUUCCACCAGACAAGGAGGCUUUAGACUGGAAUACAAGGAUGAGGAUUGCCGCUGGUGCAGCCAAGGGUUUAGAGUAUUUACAUGAUAAAGCAAAUCCCCCUGUCAUUUACAGGGACUUCAAGUCUUCUAACAUCCUUCUUGAUGAGGGCUAUAACCCAAAGUUGUCAGAUUUUGGGCUUGCAAAGCUUGGUCCUGUUGGAGACAAGACUCAUGUCUCCACACGAGUGAUGGGAACUUAUGGCUAUUGUGCUCCUGAGUAUGCCAUGACAGGGCAACUGACUUUGAAAUCUGAUGUGUACAGUUUUGGUGUUGUCUUCCUUGAAUUGAUCACAGGGCGCAAGGCAAUAGACAACACACGGGCUCCUGGAGAGCACAAUCUUGUUGCAUGGGCAAGACCACUUUUCAAGGACCGUAGGAAGUUCCCCAAGAUGGCUGACCCUCUGCUGCAAGGCCGUUAUCCAAUCAGGGGACUUUACCAAGCUCUUGCUGUUGCAGCCAUGUGUUUGCAGGAGCAAGCUGCUACAAGGCCUCUAAUAGGAGAUGUUGUGACUGCUUUGACAUAUUUAGCAUCCCAAACAUACGAUUCAAAUGCGGCUUCUGCCCAAAGUAACAGAGUUGGUCCAUCUACCCCUAGGCACAAGGAUGACCGAAAGAGCUUUGGGAGUGGGACUGACAGCCAAGAUGAAGCUGGACGUGUUGGUCGUCGUUCUCAAUCACCCCACCAGAAUUCUCCUGAUAGGAGACACAGAGACCCUCUUCGAGGAGUGAACUUAGGUGCUGAGAGUGGCAGGGGUGAAUCCAGUGGUGGAUCUGGAAGGAAGUGGGGCUUAGAUGAAUUGGAAAAGCAGGAAGCUCAGAGGGAUAGCCCUGUUCAUGCAAGGGAUUCACCAAGGAAUUUCAACCGAGAUUUUGAUAGAGAACGUGCAGUUGCAGAGGCAAAAGUAUGGGGUGAAAAUUGGAGAGAGAGAAAGCGAGCAAAUGCCAUGGGUAGCUUUGAUAGCACAAAUGAGCAACCAUGAUUCAAGCCGAAACCCAGAUUCAUCUUGCUUUUGGUCUGAAAACAACAGGUUGCUUCCAAUGAACCAUUCUUUAAAAAAAAAAAAAAUGAAAAAAAAAAGAGAGAAAACAGGGAGAAGAAGUGGUUAUGAGCCAUCACAUGUUCUGUUUGGAUUUCGAUCUCUCCAAUGGAAUAAGGGUACACUUGUCCAACUCAACAGUUGCGGCUUGUCCUCUAUCAUUUAUAGUUAAAGUAUCAAAUCAGAUGCCCCUGGUUACAUGAACCAUAUUGAAUUUGUGCAGAGUUCCCUCCAUUUAGUGUGGGGAAAGGAGGAACUGUUAAAAGUCCAUCUGGAAGAGGGAAGGCUAUUCUUGUGGACAUGUGCAGGUAAAUCCAAGCAUUGAAUGUUAACUCUGCAACUUGUUGGACUUUGCAUGUAUGGAUUUCUCAAAGGGUCAGGGUACAAAAGGAAGCUUAGAAGUUUAUGUAAAGGGAAAAGGUUAUGGGUUUUGUCUGGGUGUCUCAUUUUUCAGCCCUUGUAUUUUUGGACCAUAUUCUU